AUGGUUGUAUUAGCUGCUUCUAUAUGUACCCGUGGUGGUAAAGCACUUUUAUCUAGACAAUUUAGAGAAAUAUCCCGAGACAGGAUUACUGCACUUUUAGCCAAUUUCCCAAGUUUAAUUUCCAAUUCUUCAAGUCAACAUACUACAGUUGAAGAUGAAAAUGUUAGAUAUGUUUAUCAACCAUUGGAAGAACUUUAUAUUGUUUUGAUUACCAAUAAAUCAUCCAAUAUUUUACAAGAUAUUGAUACAUUACAUUUAUUUGCUUCUACUGUUAGUAAUUUAUUAAGAAAUGUUGAUGAACGUGAAAUUUUUGAUAAUUCAUUUGAAAUCAUUAGUGCAUUUGAUGAAAUUAUUACCUUGGGUUUCAAAGAAAAUUUAACAUUAAGUCAAGUUCAAAACUUUUUAGAAAUGGAUUCUCAUGAAGAAAAGAUUCAAGAAAUUAUUGAGAGAAAUAAAGAAUUAGAAGCUACAGAAGAAAGAAAAAGAAGGGCUAAAGAAAUACAAAGAAAAGAAUUGGCCAAAAGAAACAUGGAACAAUUCCCAACACCAUCAAGUAAUUUCGGUGGAUAUGAUCAAUCAUCACAACAACAACAAACUUAUCAACCUACUUAUCAACCCACUCCAAUUGUUGAAACCUCUCAUGGUAGUAAUUCAUUAUUAGCCUCCAAGCCAAUUUCAAGAGGUGGUGGAUUACAAUUGGGUAAAAAAGCAAGUGGCGCCAGACCAGCCCGUUCUACUCAUUUAGCAGGCACAUCAGUAGCACAUGGUGCAGGUGGAGCACAUGAACCAUUGCUUGCUACCCAUGCACCAGUAUUUUCACAUAAUAAAGUCCCACCAGUAGCAGUCUCAACUCCAACCUAUUCCGAAAAUGCAUCUCCAGCAGCCACUCCAACCCCAUCAUCAGCAGCAACAGCCGCUGGUAGUGCCAAGGUUCAAAACCAUGGGAUUUUAAUAACCAUAAAUGAAAAAGUCAAUGCACAAUUAGCACGUGAUGGUUCGGUGGUUUCUUCUGAAGUUAAAGGUGAUUUACAAUUGAGAAUAAAUAAUCAAUCAUUAGCCAAUGCAAAAGUGUUAUUAAACACUGGUGAUAAGAAGCAAUAUAAGACUCAUCCAAAUGUUGAUCGUAAUUUAUUCAACACGAGUAAUGUAAUUACGGUUAAGGAUAAAUCAAAAACCUUCCCUGCUAAUGAUCAACCAUUGGGAGUUUUAAGAUGGAGAAGUAUUGUGAAACAAGAUUCUAAAUUAACUCCGAUUUUAAUUACUCCUUGGGUAAAUAUUCAAGAUAGCGGUGUUGCUCAAGUCACCUUGGAGUAUGAAUUAUCUCCUCAUUAUAUAGAUUCACAUCCUUCUGGUGGUGAUAUAUUGGAAAAUGUGAAGAUUUUGGUUCCGAUUGUGACCAAUGAUGUUCACUUACAAGAAGGAGGUAAUGAUGAUGUAUCAUAUGAGAUUGGAGAUCAGGGGGUUAUUUUCACCAUUGGUUCGAUUUCGAUUGACGAUCCUCAAGGAUCAUUUGAUUUUAGUAUUGUUGCUGAUGAUGAAGAGAGUUUGUUCCCAUUGGAAUUACAAUUUGAUAUUUUUAAGACUGGUGUUGAUGAGAGUGAUGUUUCAUUGGGUGGAAUUUCUGUGAUUGAUGUGGUUGCAAAUACUGAGGAUGAAGAACCUUUGCCAUUUGAAUUGCAUUCAAAUGUUAGUAGUGAAAGUUAUAUUGUUCAAUAG